CCAUCUAGUGCUCAUCUAAGGUAAAACAAAAAACAAAAAAAAACACUUGGAGCUACGUGUGCAAUGACGUGAAAAUGGGAAAUCGAAACUGACAUGGAUUUCCCGAGUAAUGUUUAACACCUGACCGUAAGACACAAACUGUUGAAGUAUUAAAGCAGCGCUGACAAGAAAACCCGUCUCAGGGUCCAGACAUCUGAAGAGUUCGCUGAAGAACACGACAGGCCACAGAACGCACGGUCGCUUUUCUUUAUACGAUUAAACAACGGUACAUUGAUGGUUGGAUUGAAUCAUGGCUCAAUCAAAACCACUUUUUGUGCCCUGGCUGUAUGAACAGAUCCAAAGUGGAAGAUAUCCUGGAGUGUGUUGGACCGAUAAAGAACAAAGACAGUUUAGCAUUCCCUGGAAGCAUGCUUUAAGACAAGACUCCAGCAGUGAUGAUGUCCUCGUAUUCAAGGCAUGGGCUCAGACGAGCGCUGCUGGAGAUGGCAGGAUAAAUGGAGAUCACUCUGUUUGGAAGAGAAACUUCCGUAGCGCUCUUCGUGCAAAAGGCUUCAAGAUGAUAUUUGACAACAAGAACGAUGCCGCUAAUCCACAGAAAGUCUAUCAGUUUCCAUCUGAACCUCAUUCUGCAGCUUCGGGGUCCGAGGGCUCUCAAGAGACUGAUUUCUCACCAGACCUAUAUGUGAACAACAGCGACGUGUUCUCUACACAUCCACCCCAAGGUUUGGAGCAAGAUUUCACAGGACUAAACCUUAAGGAAAGUCCCUCACAAGUUUGGAAUUCAGAUCAGUUAUAUCUGGAGCUCAAAGAUCAAGGACUCUUCCAAGAAACCAGUCCAUGUCCAGAACCCCAGUAUACUGAGCUCAGUUAUCAGAUAAUGGACACUCGUGAGCCCUUUUCCUCACCUGAGGGUGGUGUUGGUGGUUUGGGGCAGAUUUCGCCGCCUGAGGGGGCGACAGCUGCGUAUCAACCGGAUGGUGAAGGUGUGGGUUAUCAGGCUUGCAUUCCUAUGCCAAAACUGGAGACAUUUUUUCGGAUUAAGGUUUAUUACAAAGGGAAGAAGGUGAAGGAACAGUUGGUGGAGAAUGACACUGGCUUCAGACUGAUGUAUCAGGGAAACAUGGACGAGUCCAACUUGAUGGACAGUGCUGAUCUACCAGUGGUCCAACUACCUAUUCCAGACGGUAUUCUGGAUCAGAUCCAGGCCAGGCAUACAAACGAAAUUCUGAACAGUCUGGGGGGUUUGGAGAUCAAGAGAUUGGAUGGCGUGGUUUGGGGUCACCGUUGGGGAUUGAGCAGGAUCUACUGGGGUCUAUGCAAACACGAAAACACCCAAACACCCAGAGAGCUCUCCAAAAACACACCUGAAGCCGUCUACUUCUUCAGAGAUUAUAUAUCAGGUUUGAUGGAGUUUAUGCAGACAAGCCAAGAAUCUCCUUCCUGCACUCUUUACUUCUUUCUGGGAGAGAAGUGGCCCGACCCCAAAAUGAAGCCAUGGGAGAAGAAACUCAUCAUGAUAGAGGUUAUUCUGACUUCACUGGAGGAUUUGAAGACGAUGGCUGUUGAAAACGGGGCGUCUUCACUGCAGUCAGUGGAGCUCCAGCUCUCUCUGGAGCAAAUGAUGGAGUUGUGUUAGAAUCAAGAGGAAAGACUUGACUGCACACUAACUGGGCUCCUAAACUGAAGCAGGUUCUUAAACAGUUUACUUAGCGGUGACUCUGCUGUUAAUUGUAUUUAUUGAAGGUGUGUGGACUAACACUGGAGAACAGAAUUUCAGCAAUGGUACAAAGGAACUGUCAAUGAUCCUGCAGAUAAAAAUACAAAGAUAAGUUUACAAGUGCAAUCAUUUUUAAAAUAGAUGUUGUGUUGUGUACUGUGAUGAAAUUAAACAUUUAAAAACUGCUAAAAUCCAAGUCCAGUGUGCGUUUCAAGUCUGUUUUACACUACCGCAGUUCUCUUACACAAAAUUGUGAAUGAUGAUGUCUAUUUAGUCUUUUCUUGGCCUGAAUUUCAUUGUUAUUGUAUCUUUGACAGUAAUCUGAACUGUUGUUCCAUUUCUUCAGCUUUCUUUUCAGCUGAUAUGAACGAAGAGGUUUGCACUCAGUAUUGUGGUCAUGUAAAACCUGAAAAUUUCAGGGAUUUUUAUGUGUUUUCCAGGCCUGUUCUUCAAUGUCAUGGAAAAGUCAAGAAAAUUUCUAUUUUACAAUACACAUUGUUGUGGUUAUGCUCUUUUCCAACCAUUUCAUUGGAAAGAUAUUGAUUUUGAAGAAUAAAACCUGUU